UCCUGUCUUUCUCUUAACAACAAACGAACGAACGACGCAUCGCUUAGGUCUCUCUCUGCAAACGCCAAACUUUUACCGUUAGGGUUACUGAUUUUGAUUUCUUAGAAGAUGAAGAAGCGAAAGAGAGCGAGGAAGAAAGGAAAAGCAGCGAAGCCAAAAGCCGAAGCUGCGGUGAGCGGUGGCGAGGGUUCUGCCGAUGAAGAACAAACACUUAUCAAUUUAAUCACUCUAAGCAGGGAAGAUCAUAAUGAUGAUCAUGAUGGUGGUGGUGAUGAUGAUGAUGAUGAUGAUAAUCAAUCUCCAAUGGAGGUUAAUACACCUUCUUCCACCGGAACCGACCAGCCAUUGCAUCUUGCAAGUAUUAAUCCUGAUGGUUCUAUCGAUAAGGCUGCUGCCACGGCAGCAUCAGGAGGAGGAGGAGGAGUAAAGGGUGUUGGGCGUGUGAAGGUUAAGCUAAAAAGUUCGAAGAUUUUGGAGUCUCGGACUGAUACGGACAGGAGUAGCCCAGUGCAGAACUUGGGGUUGGAGAAACAAGGUGAGGAUAGUGGGAAUUCGGUUGUUCCUGAAAUUAAGAUGUAUGUUUCGAGGAGACCUGGGGGUAUAAAGAUUAAGUCUUCUUCGUCUACUAAGGUGUUGGGAGGAGCAGGAAGAGGAGGAGGUUCGAGCAGUGGUGAUGUGGUGGUGGUGGAGGAUGAGGAUGAGGAUGAGGGUUUGCCAAACAAGGAAUUGGAGACGCCACAUAAGGAGAAUCGAUAUGAUAAGAAAGAAUUGGAUUCUGCCUUAUUGGUUAUUAAGAAGGUGAUGAAAAUGGAUGCAGCCGAACCCUUUAACGUUCCUGUCAAUCCUGAUGCUCUUGGAAUACCUGAUUAUUUUGAUAUCAUAGAUACACCAAUGGACUUUGGAACAAUCUGCAGCAAUCUUGAGAAAGGUGACAAGUACAUGAAUUCAAAGGAUGUCUACAAGGAUGUUCAAUACAUUUGGUACAACUGUUUUAAGUAUAACAGCAAAGGUGACUAUAUCUUGGAUCUUAUGAAGCGUGUUAAGAAGAAUUUUAUGAAGUAUUGGACAACAGCUGGGUUAUACACUGAACUAUCAAAAGGAAGUAAUGGUGAUGAAGGUGUUCAUGGUGAGGAUGUUGCAGCUUCUAGUCAUGCACAUAAUAAAAUUGUGCCACCGAAGAAGUCAAAAAAGCGUCAUGGAAGGCGCCAUAAACUUGAUUGUUUAUGUGCCAUAUGUGUUCUAAAGCGCCGUAGAAGAGAGCGAGAAGAGAAUGCUCGACUUGCUAAAGGCCAGAUCGGAGUUUCUGAUAAUGAACUUGGUCAAGAGUUCAAGCAAGAGGAAUCUUCACUUGCCGGAAGUCCUUGUGAGGAUUCAUCAUCAAAUAUGGGUGAAUCAUUGGACCCAGAUGCGUAUGUUGAAGUGGAAGGAAAAGCACAUGAGGGGAAAGUGGAGGUUACAGAAAGGCAUCAGAGCCCUGUGGAGAAGCGAGAGGAGGAGGAGGAAGAGGAGGAGGAGGAGGACGAUGAAGAAGAAGAUGAAGACAAUGAGAUGGAGAUUCAGAAGCAAGGGAAGGAUGAAUUACCAGAGAAAUCACAGUUCGCUGAUGGAUCUGGGGAGGAGCCUAAUCAACAACCUCAGCCUGUAAUAUCCGAAAAUGCAAAUAUCCGUAUACAUAUCCAGAAAGAUGCAUUAGUGCUGCAAGAGGAAGAAACUAUGGCAGUUCAGCAAAAUAAGCGCAAGUUGCAGGAAUUGCAAGAAAGGGAAGAGAAGGUUAAAGUGUUUAAGAAAUUCUACAUUGAAAAUCCCUUGCUUCUCAGCCUAUGUGGAACUCUAUUCCCUGACAAUCAAAGAUCUGUCUGGAGUGGACCUCACUCGCUGGUUCAGCAUCGGGAUUCUGGCCAUACAAGUUCCAUUCAUGCUGCUAUUGAGACGUUUAUGAAGUAGGUUUUCAUAGCUGUGUCAAUACCUUGACCACCUCCGUCAAGUGAUGAAUUGAUGCAGUUUUAUACUAUGGAUAGACGUGACUAAUCUCCAGUAGCCUUUCUGGGUAUUACUCCUUGCUGUGAAAAUACAUGCUAAAUACUCUAAUGAUUUAUCAUGCUGCAAGGAUGAUUUGAUUAGCUCCUCA